GCACUGAUUCUUAAGCUCAGCCUUGGAGCCAGAAAGAAACGGCAGCACCUUCAUGAAGUAAGCUUGAAUUUCCUUUGUUCUUCGUCAAUGGGUUCUUCUACUGGUGCCGAGGGGCUCGCUCCUCACGCAGCGGUUCUUCCCAUUCCAACUCUAGGCCACAUCACUCCAUUCCUCCAUCUCUCUAGAGCUCUGGCCUCGCGAGGCUUCGUCAUAACUUUUAUCAACACGGAGGGCAACCACAGGGACUUGAAGGACAUCGUUUCACAGGAGGAGAGCUUUGGCUCUGGUGGCAGCAUUCGUUUCGAGACGGUCCCCGGGGUCCAAACGAGCGAGGCCGACUUCACGGCCCCGGAGACGCGGCCAAUGUUCUUCGAGGCAUUGAUGGCGAUGCAGGGUCCAGUGGAGAGCUUGCUCGUCAGGAGCAUGGCAAGAGACGAUGAUCUCGUUCCUCCGGUCUCAUGCUUCAUCUCGGAUAUGUUGUUCCCGUGGUCCACGGAAGUACCCAGAAGGAUCGGAAUCCCAGAGGUCAAGUUCUGGGUCGCCAGUGCUUCUUGCGUUUUGCUCUACUCCUCGUAUCCCCAAAUGCUGGAGAAGGGAGACAUUCCAGUCCAAGAUCGUUCCAUUGAGAAGCGCAUAACUUACGUAGACGGCUUGUCACCACUACCAAUGUGGAGCCUCCCGGGCGACUUUUCUGCCAGUGACGACGACCCGGGAUUCGCUCGCGGAUACGCCAGAGCCAAGAGCUUCGCCACAACGUCGUGGGUUUUGGUCAACUCGUUCGAAGAACUCGAGGGCAGUGCCACCUUCCAAGCUCUCCGAGACAUCUCUCCCAAAGCAAUCGCAGUGGGUCCACUUUCCACCAUGGUCCCCGGCUCCAGCAAUGCAAGCUUGUGGACGGAAGACACCGAGAGUUUAUCCUGGCUCGGCAAGCAAAGUCCCGGCUCGGUUCUCUACAUUUCCUUGGGCACCAUCGCGACUCUCAGCUUCGAUCAGUUCAAGGAGUUCUCCGAGGGACUGAGGCUUCUCCAGCGUCCGUUUAUCUGGGCCAUCCGACCCAAGUCGGUCGCCGGUAUGGAGCCCGAGUUCCUGGAGCGUUUCAAGGAGACCGUGAGGAGCUUUGGACUGGUUGUGAGCUGGGCUCCUCAGGUGGACAUCCUCCGCCACCCUUCCACGGCUGGAUUUCUCAGUCACUGCGGCUGGAACUCCAUCCUCGAGAGCGUAGCAUCCGCGGUGCCCAUGCUUUGCUGGCCGUGCGUCGCGGAGCAGAAUCUAAACUGCAAGCUAAUAGUGGAGGACUGGAAGAUCGGUCUCAAGUUCUCGCGCGUGGCCAUGCCGGAUCCUCACGAGGUGGGGGUAGCGAGGGACGAGUUUGUGGAGGUGGUGGUAGCGAGGGACGAGUUUGUGGAGGUGGUGGAGCGAUUCAUGGGUGCUGACAGUGAGCAUUUGAGGAUUAACAUCAAGAAGCUGAGCGAGGAGGCUCGUAGAGCAGUGUCUAGAGGUGGCUCCUCGUAUGAAAACCUGGAGAGAUUUGCUCAAGCAGUGAAAACUUCCUAACUUUGAUCCAAAGUCAACUCUAUUCAAGAAUAUACUACCCUCGAUAUACUUCUUUCUCUCUCUCUCUCAAGAUUGGAUUGGAAAGACGAGAUAAGCACGCGCGUUGCGCGUAUAAUGGGUUCCAAGAUCACACCUCAUGUUGUCGCCGUUCCUCUCCCAGCUCAAGGCCACAUCUCUCCACUCUUGCAUCUCUGCCAAGCUCUCGCUUCUCAUGGAUCCAUCCUCAUCACUUUCGUCAACACGGAGGCCAAUCAAGACAGCAUCAAGGAAAUGCUGGGAGAUGGCGUCGAGGGCAUUCGCUUCGAGACCUUCCCCGGGCUGGAGGCGGCUUACCACGGCCUCGACUUGACCCAGCUCGAGAAUCGCCAGAUCUUCUACCGGGCUAUGGUCGACAUGGAAGCGCCAGUGGAGAGGCUGCUACGAGAGAAGAUCAUCGCCAAGGGCCCCCCUGUUUCGUGCAUCGUCUCCGAGUUGUUCCCCUGGAUGAGAGAUCUGGCGGCCAGAAUCGGAGUUCCAAGCGUUUACUUCUGGCCUACGAGUGCUGCUUGUGUUCUUCUGGAUUUUUCCAUUCCCUUGCUCUUGGAGAGAGGAGACAUACCCGUCGAAGAUUUCUCUAUGGACAAAUCCAUCGAGUACGUGCGUGGCUUGUCACCAUUGCCUGUGUGGAGUCUUCCCCGGGUUUUUGCUUUCAGGGAUGAUCCAAGUUUCACUCGCAGGUACGAGAGGCUAAAAAACAUCCCCCAGAAUUCUUGGUUCCUGGCCAACACUUUCGAGGAGCUCGAAGGUGGCGCGCUUGAGGCCGUGAGAGAUUACAUCCCAAGGAUAAUACCCAUAGGUCCCGCGUUUCUAUCUUCACCAUCCAUGAAAAAUGCAAGCCUCUGGAAGGAAGACAACGAGUGCUUAGCAUGGCUCAACGAGCAAGAAGAAGGAUCCGUGCUCUACAUAGCUUUUGGUAGCAUCGCCACCCUGAGCUUGGAACAAGCUAAAGAGAUAGCAGCAGGGCUGGAAGAACUCCAGAGGCCAUUUCUAUGGGGGAUUCGUCCAAAGUCUGUGCCGGGUAUGGAGCCCGAGUUUCUGGAACCGUUCAAAGAGAGAGUAAGAAGUUUUGGGCGAGUUAUAACUUGGGCUCCCCAGCGAGAAGUUCUCCAGCAUGCUUCUAUUGGGGGAUUUUUCACUCACUGUGGAUGGAAUUCUGUGCUGGAAAGCAUGGCUGCUGGUGUGCCUAUGAUCUGCCACCCUUGCGUUGCGGAACAAAAUCUGAAUUGCAAGUUGGUGGUGGAAGAUUGGAAGAUUGGAUUGCGAUAUUCCAAUGUGGGAUCUGGGAAGCUUGUGGUGAGGGAUGAAUUUCAAAAGGUGGUGAAGAAAUUGAUGGAAGAUGACAAUGGUAUUGCGCAAUACAUGAGGAGUAAUGCAAAGAAGCUGAGUGAAGAAGCUAGAAAAGCAGUGUGUGUGGGGGGCUCUUCAUACCAAAAUCUGGAAAAUUUUAUCUUGUCACUAAAAUAAUAAUUUUAUUCCAAUA